AUGUCACGGUGCGGCGCGGCGCCACGCUGCCCGCCGCCCGGCGCCGCGUGGCGCCCGCUAAAGGCGCGGGCCGCGGCCUCCGACCGACCGCCGCCUUCCGAUUGGACGCCGCUGCAGCAGCAGAAGCGCAGCUUCUCCCACUUCCUGGACGAGAUCACGUGCCGCGUGCUAAGCCCCGCCCACCUGUCGCUGCUCGGCAGGACGGGCGCCAGCGAGACAGGAAGUCCCGCCCCCCAGCGCCAGCGGAGCCGCCGGCGAGGAGGAAGUCCCGCCCACGGGACGCCAACGCCGGAGUGGGAGGAGUCAGGCAAUCGGACGAGGCGCUGGGACGGCUGGGUGGCAGCCGUGCGGCGCCCGAUAGAGGGGGCGGGGCCUAAACAGGAAGUGGUGCGGGGGAACAGAGGAGGAAAGAUGGAGACAGAACAGAGACACAAACACAGAAGAAGAGUUUGUAGUCCGAGCCCCAUUCAGGAGGCGUUGUCGGACUCGGAGCGGAUCAGGACUACAUUACCCAGCAUGCUCAGUAACUCUCCUCUCUGUCUGCAGACUCCAGAACAGCUACACAGCGUCUCAGAGAGCCAAUCAGGAUCUGGAGGAGAAGCUCCACGCCUGCUACGGAAGGUGGAGAGGGACAAGAAGACGAUGGACCAGGAGAUCGUAGAGCUCACCAACAAACUGCUGGACGCCAAAAACACCGUGGACCGGCUGGAGGAACUCAACGAGCGUUACCGGCAGGACUGUAACCUCGCCGUCCAGCUGCUCAAAUGCAACAAGUCCCAUUUCAGGAACCACAAGUUCGCCGACCUUCCCUACGAGCUGCAGGAGAUGCUGAACAAGCACAUGAAGAGCAGCCUGCCGGAGCGCGGAGGCUCCGCCCCCGGAGGUCAGGAUCCCGACACGCUGAGCCUGACCCCGGCCGACGUGGUGCCGACCUCGGUGAUCGCCCGCGUCCUGGAGAAACCGGAGCCGCUGCUGCUGAACUCGGCCCAGUCCAGCAGCGCCAGCCGGCCCGUCGCCGAGGACGUGUUCGUGCACGUGGACAUGACGGGCGGCGAGCUGCACGGGCGGCAGAACGGCGGCCGCGACGCAGCGCAGCAGAACGGAUCCUGCCGCAGUCAGAGCAGUCUGGACGCCGUACUGGACGGGCAGUCGGGCGGCGAGGACUCGGCCGCCGCUGCGUCCUUCGAGAAGCUGAACCCGUACCCGGCGCCCCCCCACCCGCUGUACCCGGGACGCAAGGUCAUCGAGUUCUCGUCGGACGACAAGGUCAAGAUCCCCAAGAACUCGCCGCUGCCCAACUGCACGUACGCCACGCGGCAGGCUAUCUCGCUGAGCCUGGUGCAGAGCGACGACCCCCCCGCUAGCCCCGCCCCCUCCUCCUCCUCGGGGGCCGCCAGCGCACAACGCUGUCACAGCGGGACGCCGCGCAGCGAGCCGCUGUCCAACCAGUCCAGCCCAUUCAGCAGCCCGCCACAGGCGGCGAGCUCGGAGGAGGACCUGCUCGCCAACUGGCAGCGGAUGUUCGUGGAGAAGAUGGCGCCGGCGUGCGACGGCUCGGCGCUGCACCGCACGGCGUUCGGCAGCCAGGCGGCGGCGGAGCUGCCACGGCGGCGUGCGGCGCCGGGGGGCGGGGCUUCCUGCUCGUCCUCCGAGCGGCAGCGCGCGGCGUACUCGGACGGCGAGGACGCCUCGUCGGCGCGCAGCUGGACGGCGAGCCGCGGCUCCAGCCUCGACACCGACACCGACACGGAGCCGCGCGGCCGCCGCGGGCUAACGGGCGCCACAGAGAAGCUGCUGAUGAGCCUGGAGGACCAUGAUGGGGGCGGGGCCGACACUCGUAGGACCCAAGAAGAAGAAGAGGAAGAAGAGGAGGAGGAAGGAGGAGAAGAAGAAGAAGAAGAGAGCUCUGCGGAGGAGAGAGACGUCUUACCGCUGGAGCUGCCCGUCAUCUCGCCACGCCUCCUGGACCUCGACCCCCCUCCGCCGCCCCCCCGCGCCCACAGAAGAGCCCAAGAGGAUGGGCGGCACCACCUGCUCAAAAAAAGACAGCCUGACCCGAGCCCAGGAGCAAGGCACGCUGCUCGACUGACACAGGAGACAGCCAUGAUCUGA